CAUUUUCCCAGAGAGAGGCAGUGACAUAGAAGGGAGCGUAGGAGGCUGGAGGGAGGGAGGCACGGGAGCAGCGGCGGCAGCACCGGGGUUUGUACACAGGUCCCAGGGCAAAGGCGCCUUUGAGCUGGUCCCUGUAGGGUUCUGCGCACUGAGCUAGGUUUGGGGGGAGGGGGGGGUCUCCUCUUUCCCUUUUCUUCCUUUUACUAGAGCCUACUGAGGGCUGAGUCCUACCUAGGGUAGGGAUAUCCGCAGUGGGGCUGUUGCAUUGUUUUGGUUGGGAUAGAGAAGGGGCUCAGCUGAGGGGUCCUGCUGUCUGGCCUGUGACCAUUACAGUCCCAUAUUUUGUCUAACUUCCACUGAGAGAAGAAAAGGAGUGAAGAGAGAGAAGAGGGUUUGUGGAUGCACUUAGAUGUUUGCAAUGAGCACUGUGGCUGGCAUGCCCCAGUGUUUUGGAUACCAAUGCAUAGGACUCCGUAGUAAUCGAAUUUAUCAGAAACGAACGUCAUGAGCAUAGUGAUCCCAUUGGGGGUUGACACAGCAGAUACUUCUUAUUUGGAAAUGGCUGCAGGCUCAGAACCAGAAUCUGUAGAAGCUAGCCCUGUGGUAGUUGAAAAAUCGAACAGUUAUCCACACCAGUUGUAUACCAGCGGCUCGCAUUCACACAGUUACAUUGGUUUGCCCUAUGCAGACCAUAACUAUGGUGCUCGGCCUCCUCCAACGCCUCCAGCUUCUCCUCCUCCAUCAGUGCUUAUAAGCAAGAAUGAAGUAGGCAUAUUUACCACUCCCAACUUUGAUGAAACCUCCAGUGCUACUACCAUCAGUACGUCAGAGGAUGGAAGCUAUGGAACGGAUAUUACCAGAUGCAUUUGUGGCUUUACACAUGAUGAUGGAUAUAUGAUCUGUUGUGAUAAAUGCAGUGUCUGGCAGCACAUUGACUGCAUGGGGAUUGACAGACAGCAUAUUCCUGACAUAUAUCUGUGUGAACGUUGCCAACCCAGGAGUUUAGAUAAAGAAAGAGCUGUACUGUUGCAACGAAGGAAAAGGGAAAAUAUGUCAGAUGGGGACACCAGUGCAACAGAGAGUGGUGAUGAGGUUCCUGUGGAACUGUAUACUGCUUAUCAGCAUACACCAACAACAAUUACUUUAACUGCUACAAGAGUUACAAAAGUCAAUGAUAAGAAGAGGAAAAAAAGUGGAGAGAAGGAACAGAACAUAGCAAAAUGUAAAAAAGCAUUUCGGGAAGGAUCCAGGAAGUCUUCAAGAGUAAAGGGCUCAGCUCCAGAGAUUGAUCCUACUGACAGUUCAAACUUCGGAUGGGAAACUAAAAUCAAGGCAUGGAUGGAUCGUUACGAAGAAGCAAAUAACAACCAAUACAGUGAAGGUGUCCAGAGGGAAGCACAAAAAAUAGCUCUCAGAUUAGGCAAUGGAAAUGACAAAAAAGAAGUCAGCACCAGCAAUCUGAUUUUCAAACCUCCAGUAGAGAGUUACGUGCAAAAAAACAAGAAAAUUUUAAAGGCUGCCAAAGACUUGCCUCCCGAUGCACUUAUUAUCGAAUACAGAGGAAAGUUCAUGCUGAGAGAACAGUUUGAAGCUAAUGGAUAUUUCUUUAAAAGGCCAUACCCAUUUGUUUUGUUUUACUCCAAAUUCCAUGGGCUAGAAAUGUGUGUUGAUGCAAGGACUUUUGGAAAUGAAGCUCGAUUUAUCAGGCGUUCGUGUACACCAAAUGCGGAGGUGAGGCAUGUAAUUGAAGAUGGAACAAUUCAUCUUUAUAUUUACUCCAUCCAUAACAUUCCAAAGGGAACAGAGAUUACCAUAGCAUUUGACUUUGAUUAUGGAAAUUGUAAAUACAAAGUGGAUUGUGCUUGCCUCAAAGAAAAUCCUGAGUGUCCAGUUCUGAGACGUUCUGAGCCUACAGAAAACAUCAAUACUGGAUAUGAAACUAGAAGGAAAAAGGGAAAGAAAGAGAAAGAUGUUUCAAGAGAAAAGGAGACUCAAAAUCAGAACAUCACAUUGGACUGUGAAGGAGCAGCCACCAAAAUGAAAAUUGCAGAUAAUAAACAGAGGAAGCUCUCUCCCCUCAGGCUGUCCAUUUCCAAUAAUCAGGAGCCAGAUUUUAUUGAUGAUAUAGAAGAAAAAACUCCCAUUAGCAAUGAAGUAGAAAUGGAAUCAGAGGAGCAGAUUGCAGAAAGGAAAAGGAAGAUGACAAGAGAAGAACGGAAAAUGGAAGCUAUCCUGCAAGCUUUUGCCAGACUAGAAAAAAGAGAAAAAAGAAGAGAACAGGCUUUGGAAAGAAUCAGCACAGCAAAAACAGAGGUUAAAUCAGAAUGCAAGGAACCACAGAUUCUCAAUGAUGCUGAAUUUAUUCAGGAACCGGCAAAAGAAGAAACUGCCACCAAGCCCACCCCAGCAAAAGUUAAUAGAACUAAACAGAGAAAAAGCUUCUCCCGGAGCAGAACUCACAUAGGACAGCAGCGCAGGCGACACAGGACCGUCAGCAUGUGUUCAGAUAUUCAGCCCUCCUCUCCUGAUGUGGAAGUAACUUCACAGCACAAUGAAACUGAGAAUGCAGCACUGGUAGCUGAGCCUGAAACAGAAACUGUUGUUACAGAAAUGGUUACUGAAACAGAAGCUCCAGCACUUAGUAAAUGCCCUACUAAGUAUCCGAAAACAAAGAAGCACUUGGUUAGUGAAUGGUUAAGUGAAAAGAGUGAUAAAGCAGGGAAGCCUACAGACACUCUGCCAGAAAGGCCUCUUCGCAUAACCACCGACCCCGAAGUUCUGGCUACUCAGCUCAAUUCUUUACCUGGUCUCACUUACAGUCCACACGUUUAUUCAACUCCAAAGCACUAUAUCCGUUUUACUUCUCCAUUCCUUUCAGAGAAGAGGAGGAAAAAAGAACCUGUGGAAAACAUUACUGGCUCUUGUAAGAAGCGUUGGUUGAAGCAGGCUUUGGAAGAAGAAAAUUCAACAACAAUUGAUAGAUUUAAUUCACCAUCACAAGAGAGAUCCAGAAGUCCAGCCAUCAAUGGUGAACAUAAAAGUCCUUUAUUACUGAAUGACAGCUGUUCCUUAACAGAUCUAACCACACCACUAAAAAAACGAAGACUGUAUCAGCUGUUGGAGUCUGCUUUCUCAGAAACCUCCACACCUACUCCUUCUCCCUAUGCCACACCAACCCAUGCUGACAUCACUGCCUCUGAACCAUCCUUGUUUGCUACUCCUCCAAGGGUAAAAACAGAAGAUGAAGCUUGUCGAAAUGGUUACAAACCCAUAUAUUCACCCGUUACUCCUGUAACUCCAUGUAUACAUGGAAAUACCAUGCACUUUGAGAAUAUUUCCUCACCUGACAGUUCCCCGGAAAUAAAAAGGCGAGCUUACAGCCAAGAGGGUUAUGACAGAGCAUCAAUUCUAGCACUGAAUUCUUUCAGAAAUUCCAACCUGACAGAAAUGGGCCUGCAAGAAAUAAAGACUAUUGGAUAUUCUAGUCCAAGGAAUAGGACUGAUGUCACACGGCAGUGCACUGGAGAAAUGGAAUCUGUGUCAGACCUCCAGCUGGGACUCGAAGUAAUUGAGCAAAGUGCACUGCAUAAAAACCUGGAAGCCCCCACACAUGAUAGGACUGAUUCAAACAGCCAAUUAGAAACUGCUCAUUGUGGACGGGGCACAAUUUACUCUUCCUGGGUAAAAAGUCCUGACAGGACAGGUGUAAAUUUCUCAAUGAAUUCUAAUUUGAGGGACUUGACCCCUUCACAUCAGUUGGAGGUAGGAGGUGGAUUCAGAAUAAGUGAGUCAAAGUGCCUGAUUCAAGACGAUGCAAGAGGCAUGUUCAUGGAAGCAUCUGUUUUUUGUACUUCAGAAGAUGGAAUUGCACCUGGCUUUGGAAGGACUGUCAAUAACGACAAUUUGAUGGAUGGAAAUUGCACACCCCAGAACCCUCCACAAAAGAAAAAGGUGUCCUUGUUAGAAUACCGUAAGAGGCAACGUGAAGCUCGAAAAAGUGGUUCAAAGACAGACAGCUUCCCCCUGGUUACUGUAUCUCCUCAUGCUGCUGGUGGAGGAAAUACAAGUAGUAAUAAUGGUGCUAGUGAUGGGUAUAACAACAGUGGAGAAAAUGGGGAGCAGACUGAUAACACUGCAAGCCUGCCUUUACCACUGCCAGCUACUGUUUAUACUGCAGCUCCAGAAGACACUGGCAACAACUGUGCAAUUAAGGAAUCUUCCUCCAGUGAGAAGAGUGAACCUGAAGUUCAGUGGACUGCAUCAACCUCUGUGGAACAAGUGAGAGAACGAAGUUAUCAGAGAGCUUUACUUCUCAGUGAUCAUAGGAAAGACAAGGACAGUGGGGGAGAAUCACCUUGUAGGCCAUGCUCACCGUCUCAUGUUCAGUCUCCAUCUCAUUCAAAUCUCAUUUCCCAGUUGCAGCUUAAGGUCCCUUCUUUCACUGAGAUUACAGAAGAACCUGAUUCUGAAAAUCCAGAGCCAACUUCUGAAUGUCCGUCCCCAGAUACUUCACAAAGGACUUGUAAGAGUCCAUCAAAAGCAAGCAAGCCCUCUUCACCGAGUCCUGUAGUUUCAGCACAGCCACUUGGGAAAACACCCACAAAACCAGAUUCGCACUGGGAAACUGCAGCUACUGCACCUGAGACUGAAUGUGCGAAUCAUCCAAAACCUGAGCUGCAACAGAAACAGCUGACAAACAACGUCCAAGCACUUUCAAAAAAUCAUCCAUCUCAGUCACAUCUGCGCAGCUCUGCUGAGCAACUUUCACAUUCACAGAAGUUGCCUUCUGCACCUUUGAAGCUGCAUUGCCCCCCUUCGCCUCACGUAGAAAAUCCCCCCAAGUCUUCUACCCCUCAUGCGCCUGUGCAGCACGGUUACCUUUCACCAAAGCCUCACUCACAGCAGCUGGGAUCUCCAUACAGACCUCAUCAUCCACAGUCACCUCAAGUUGGAACACCCCAGAGGGAAACACACAGAAACUUCUACCCUGCAGCACCGACCCUCCAGCCCAGUAAUCAGGCGCAGGCUAGCGGCCCGCUCUUCACUCAGACAUCAUCAGGACAAUCUUCAGCUUCCUACAGCCAGUUUAACCAACAAAAUCUGAACAGCAAUGCACCACCUCCCCCACCCCCUCCACCCCCUUCUUCUACUUACUAUCAAAGCCAGCAGCCCUCUGGAAACUUUCAGAGCUACAGCCAGCUGAAGGGCAGCAUACCCCAACAGACUGUGUUUUCAUCUGGACCAAAUCAAGCACUUCCUGGCACUGCGGGUCAGCAAACAGUGCCAGGACACCACGUAGCUGCAGGGCAUUUUUUGCCCUCUCAGAACCCCAGUAUUCAUCACCAGGCAUCGGCAUCUGCUGCUCCUCCUCCUCCUCCACCACCGCCUGCUCCAGGCCCCCACCUUGUCCAGCAGCAAAGUACUCAUCAGCAGCACUCUGUAGCACAUGUUGUCGGUCCAGUUCACGCCAUGGCAGUGGCUCCUGGAUCACACAUUCAUUCUCAAGCUGCUGGUCACCAUUUGCCACCACCACCUCCACCACCAGGUCCUCUCCCCCACCACCAACCUCCCCAUCCUUCCACGGGACACCAAGGUUUGCAAGCACAACACCAGCACGUUGUAAACUCGGCACCGCCUCCCCCGCCGCCCCCUCCCUCCAACGUGAUGGGCUCGGGGCACCACCCCGCGUCAGCACAAGGGUUACAUCACCCAUCUCAUCAAGGACCUCCCCAUUUCCCUUCCACCGCUCACACAAGCGUCUCCUCCUACUCCUCACAAGCCCCACAUCACACGACGUUAGGACCUGGACCUCAACAUCAGCCUGCUGGCACAGGACCUCAUUGCCCACUCCCUGGUCAGGGUCCUCACAUCCAACCUCAAGGACCAAACAGUAUUGCAACACCUACUGCUUCCGGGUUCUGCCCUCACCCCGGCUCCGUGACCCUUCCCCACGGAGUGCAAGGGCAGCAGCAGGCCUCGCCCGUGCCAGGACAGAUCCCCAUCCACAGAGCACAGGUGCCACCCACCUUUCAGAACAAUUACCAUGGGUCAGGGUGGCAUUAAAACAGAUCCCUUUAGUUAUAAGCAUUUUUAAAAUGUUCUGUAAUAUAAACUGUGUAUAUUUAAUAUGUACCUAUUCAAGGUACUUUUUAAAGCUUGUACAUGAUACUUUGUAUAAAAGCAAACACCAGUGCUCUUCCAUUGUAUCCUUUCCAUUUUUUGCUUUUUAAAAUUCCUGAAAAUGUGCUGUUAAGCCAGUAUUAGGUAUUUCUUUUUAUUUUGUAAGUGGACAUUCCAGCUGUUUUUUCUGGCAGUAGGUUUGAUGCUGCAUAAUGUUUAAAAUUUUAUUGUUGCAGUUAAAAUUCAUUUAGUGAAAGUUUUCUAUAUUACUUUUAUACAUAUGUAAUUAAAUAAGUACACAGGCUAAGUGAUGGCACUAACAAUUUUUUUUUUUCCAUUUUCUGUCAACAGUUUUUUGUGUGCAUAGAGAUAGGAAACAAUGCAAUACAGAUUUUUAUAGUUUUGGUGUGGACAUGGCUUUUUGUUUCAUCAGUUAUUUGCAGAAAUUGUAAUUUAAUGUAUAGACUGUUUCUAAUGUCUCAGACGAGUGCUGUAAAUACUGUAUUUCUUUCGCUUGUAAAGUUGCUUAAAGCUUCUUUCAUUUGAUAUAGUAUUGUAUAUAAUAAGUCUUUUGCAAAAAAAAAAGGUGUGAUCUUUGUGAAAGUAGUACAGUAUAUGAUCUUUAAUUUUUUUUAAUAUACUGUCACAUUGCAGCACUGGUUGGGCAUUUUAAUUCAUGUUAAUAAAUCACAAUUAUGUCAGUUUUACCUACUUGUCCUGAAAGGGUGCUGUUAUCAGCAGGAAAGUGGCCUUAAGUCUCUGAUCUCCCCUGCUCCCUGCAAGGCUUUUUGCUUGGCUGCAGUUUCCAGCUGUGGCUUCACUGCUGUAGCACAGACAGAUGUGGAACAGGCUGGAAGAGGGGGAUUCCUUCCCCUGCUCCCUUUGGAGGUUGAGGAAUAAUCACCCCAAGCACAGCAGAGUGCUGGGUCAGUUUACUGAUAGGGUAACGGGGGGCACUGAUGGGUAUUUGAUGCUGGUUCUGACCUCGGUUACAGAGCAGGGCAGCACUGCCUGCUGCAGGGCCUUCCUCUUUCCCUCCUUUUCCCUUUCCUGGUGCCUCCUCAGGCCUCCAGGUGGGCUGCAGGGGGGAGCCGAGUGGGUGGUGCUGGAAGGGAAUGUUACAAACUGUGUAGCAGUUUGGGGUUUUUGGAAGGGAAGGGAUUGAUUCCUGCUGCUGGCAAGCGGCAGCUGAGGUGGUACUGGUGUGCUCACCAGUGCAGUUGCUCUGUCCUGGCGAGGGCAUCCUUCCAUCUCAGCAGUACCUGCUCUGUCCUGCCCACACACCAGGACCUGCUCAAUGGCUCCACCUCAGAGCAGAGAGGGAACCAGCGUGUGAGGAAGGCUGGGAUGGCAUGGGAGAGGGAGUGGCCCUGCCCACUAGAAAGAAGGCGUAAUUCCUUUCAACAUUUAAAAAAGAAGAGGGCCAAUUAAUUUGCUUCCAACUACUGAAAAAUCUUUCUAGUUGAAAUCAUACACUAGAAAUGUGUUCCUGAACACCUGCUGGCUCUGCAGCAUACACAAUGGAAUUCACAUUUUACAUUAGCAUGUGUAGUGUAGGACAACCUUAGGCUGUCAAAAACAGCAGAAAAACCCAACCCACCCUCUGUGCAGUUGCUCAGACACUGACUUUGAAAAAAAAAGUGUGUCAUGCUGUCUAGCCCAGCAUUCAGAUCUGGUAAUGUGCCCCUCUUCUGUACCUCUGGGAAGUGACAUCAUCAUUUCAACUACAAGAGAACAUAAAAUACUCAACUGUGCUUGGCAAGGUCUCGGUGCAGUAUAGGGAGCUGCUGCACUGGGGAGCAGAACAGGACGAGGCCUGGGCAGGGCUCCCCAGUGCUGCUGCAGCACCAGGGCCAGGCAGAGGGCAGAGCUGUGCCAGCCCUGGGCUGCCCUGGCACUUCAUUCCAGUGCCAGCGUUUUCUCUGUGUUCAAGAACGCCUUUGUAACUGGCUGCAGCAACCAGGCACUACAGGCUGGGCUGUGUGUGAAGCUGAAUGUAAUUUUUACCUCCACUGUGGCAUCGUCCUCCUGAGCAGCGUUGUCCUUGCAGCCACUAAAAGCAGUUCCAGGAAUGGGGUGAAGGCACACGGUCCUGAAACCCAACAGCCGUGGGGGCCUCAGCACUGGACAUUCCCCGGGCCAGAGUGUUCCGCACUGCGGUGCCUUGGCAGUUCCAUGGAGGAGUGGCUGCCCCAGCCCUCGGGACGGGACAAUCGCUCCCUUGUUUACAGGACUUGUUACAGAACAGCUGGUAGGAAAGACGCUUUUUUUUGGUCACAUUUCACCCAGCAAACCACUCCCACCCAGCCCUCCUGCAGAGUCCUGGGGCUGCUCUGACCGGCCCCAGGUGAUGUGUUCCAUAAAUGAACAUGGGAAGCUGCCUUUCUCUGGCCAGGACAAGCCAGCCCCCACCUCCCAGCCCUCCAGCACCCCCAGCUGAGUCGUGGCUAGGCAAAGAUUCCAAUGACCAGCAACACUGUCUGAAAAAACAAAACACUUUAAUUAGACAACUGCAAGCACCUCAAACAACUGGUUAUUGUUACAGCAUGGGGCUAUCUUCUCACAAUCUAGUUAUUGCAAAGGCAUGUGAAUAAAUUUUAUAUGGACAAAGUCAAGAAAAAAGUGGCACUGUAGUUACAUGAAGAUCAGGAGUAACCUUACAUUCAUCCCACUGACUUCUAAAAGAGGCCCAAACACACCUCUGUACUGUACAUUCUAAAAUCUGUAUUGCCUAUAAGCUUCAGCCUAUGCAGCUUUUUUCCUAGGAAACACAUAAUUGUUGCGUGCAACUUACAAUGGGCAGUCGUAUGUCUACGGAUGGGAAAGAAUAAAGCUAGUGCAAUUUGUUUUAGAAACAUGUAAAGCUAUGAAUGGAAUGAGCAUGAUCUUGCUUCUUGGAUUAUUUUUCCCACUGCACUGUAAAUAUCUGCAGCUAUAUCCUUCCUUAACUGAUGCCAAGCACACACUUUUAUUAUAAAAGAUCAGUAAUUCUACACAGAGAGUGGUUCUCAUGCUCUACUUUUAAUUUUUUUUCUUUUUCUUAAGGUAUAGUACAACUUACAGUGCUUAUAAAAAGGCAACACCAUAUGGUACCAUGUCUUCACUAUCACAUUGUAAGGGAAAUUGCUAUUUUUCUUUUCUUAAAAGCACUUAAAAUAGGCAAAAGUUCUAAAAGGGAGUGCUAAAUGAUAAUGCAUACUUUAUUAGAAAGAAGUCUAGCCUUCCUUUAAAGUGCCGUUUGGGGAAUGAAAUCCUGUAAACCAGAGCCACUUUGUUUAAAACCCAAUGAACAGGAACUGCUACAGAAUAGAAAGUUUACACAAUUCCUUAAAGCAGUUUAAAGUCCACUACAUGCAAUUGGUUUGCUAUAAAGCUCUCUAAAACUUAGUCGCUUUACUCUGAAAUUGAGUCCCCAGUCCCAUAUUUAAAUGGAAAUAAACAUUUACAGGGUGCAUUUACAUACACUAUAAUACAAGAAUGACAUCCCUUUGCCAGAAGAUAAAAUUGUACAAUUCCUUGCCGUAACUCAGUUCUGACUUGAUAAAUUUCUUACACUCGUAAAUUAUAUAAUAUGCAUCAGCUAAAAUAUUUUUUUUUUUCAUAAAUAGUUACAAAACUUGCCAAAACACAUGGGGGGAAGUUUCUGUUGUUCAAAAAUCUGACAUCUGAAUGUCACACAACACAAGAAACAAUGCUUAAAGACACGUUAAGUGUUUUCUGAAGAAAGUGGGUGAGUAAACUACUAGCUGAGGACAAAAAGACUACCCUUCCCCAAGAACACAGUGCACAAAAAGCAAAAUGUCAAACAGUACCUCAAGCAAAAUAAAGGUCUGAGGAUUGAAGCCAGCUCACGUGUGAUCCUGCUAAAGAUUUUGUGACAGUCACCAUUUAGGUCCAACGCAUUGGAAAGUGGUUGCUGGCUUUUUUUUUUUUUUUUUUUUUU